ACUUCUUUAUUCCUGCCUAUUGAAAGUACCUUUCGAAUGCUUUAUCAGGCCUAACUCGCUAAGAUCUCCGAUUUGCCUUCCCCGGUUUAGGCACCCUCUCCAAUCCAAACUUAUUUUCCCCUCCAUCUCCGCACCGAUGCGAGCCUGAUGCACCCUGAAGUCGGUCAUGUCCAUCCUGCAUGAUUCCUCCCUUGUUCGACCACAGUGUCAUGUAAAGGGCAAACCGCGCUCUCUGGAGACGCCAAAUAAACCCCGUCGCUCCGUUCUCAAGUCCGUUUCUCUUCCGUCGCUGUCGGCCGUCGUCAAAAACUCAUUGACAUGGGCGGGGGACACGUGGGGUUCCUAUGGGAAUGGCCAGUCCCAGAAAGAACGCAGACUGCGCGCUGCUGUGGAUGAGCGAAGGGAGUCUUUGUACCUCAAGAAGCGCAAUGCUGUGACUUACGAAGAAUGGCGAGACGCUGCGAGCGAACUGGAUGAGUUGGAGAAUAACUCUGCCUGGAAGGAAACGUUCGAGUGUCCCGACUAUGACCCUCAUCUCGUGCUCGAUCGUCUCAAGCAGCUGGACGAUGCCCGGAUCAACUGUGAUAUCAGUCGCAUGUUGUUCCUCAUCCGCACGUCCCUGAGCCGCGAUCUGGGCAACAUGAGCAACGCCUCUCUCUACAAGCAUGCUCAUCUCGGAACUAAGAACCUGAUCGAUCAAUACAUUGAUACCGCGCUAGAAACAAUAUUGUCGUUAGUUGAGCUGGCGGAUAAAAACCGGUGCGAUGUGGUGGAAUCCAGGUAUAUCCUGGACCAGUUGCUCGCAGCGAGACAGGCUUUCGGGCGAAGUGCGCUGCUCUUCUCCGGGGGAGCCACUUUUGGCAUGAAUCAUAUUGGCGUACUAAAGGCUCUUUGGCAAGCUAACCUUCUGCCGCGAAUCAUCUCCGGCGCGUCUGCGGGCAGCAUUGUGUGUGCCGUCUUCUGUACUCGCACUGAGGAUGAGCUGCCGGCUUUGCUGGACUCAUUUACAGAGGGGGACUUUGCUGUUUUCGGCGAGGGGACUGAGGAAGAUAGUAUCCUCCAGAAGACAGCCCGGUUCUUGAAAUAUGGGUCAUUUCUGGACAUCUCGCACCUAGCCAAGGUGGUGAGGAAUUGGUUGGGCGAUAUCACUUUCCAGGAGGCAUAUAACCGAACACGACGCAUCCUCAACAUUUGCGUUUCCAGUGCUGGCAUCUACGAGCUACCCAAGUUGUUGAACUAUAUAACUGCGCCCAAUGUAUUGAUCUGGUCUGCUGUGGCCGUCUCAUGUUCAGUCCCGGUAGUCUUUUCGCCGUAUGCCCUUAUGGCUAAGGAUCCCCUGACAGGAGAACCAGUUCCAUGGAGCGACCUUCAUAGGCAAUAUAUUGAUGGCUCCGUGGACGGUGACCUCCCUAUGACUCGUCUGUCGGAGAUGUUCAACGUCAACCACUUCAUUGUAUCGCAGGUCAAUCCCCAUGUCGUUCCAUUUCUACCCAAGGAUGAUGGGCCAGAUCCGUAUAUGGAAAACUCUUUCACCGCUUCUCGUUGGAUCCGGAAUAUCACAUAUCUUGCCAAGGAUGAGAUUUUACAUCGGAUGACAGUCAUGUCCGAGCUAGGGAUCUUUCCCACGUCUUUGACCAAAACAGUUUCGAUUGUCAACCAAAAGUAUUCCGGAGACAUCAAUAUAUAUCCGGAAAUUCAGUAUUCUCGGAUUCCCGUCAUGCUACGCAACCCGACGACGGAGUUUAUGCUUCAAGCAUGCCUAAGCGGCGAGCGGGCCACAUGGCCCAAGCUUGGACGAAUACGCAACCACUGCGCCAUCGAAUUGGCGCUGGACUUGGCCAUUCAGAAAAUGCGGGCUCGAGUGGCCUUCUCCCCGAGUCGCGUCCACGCAAGAACAGAUAGCAUUGCUGGCCAUUCGAUCGAAUCCCUCGACAGCAGUGGAGGCCGAGGACGUUUGUUGAACCGGAGAAGCUCCUAUAACCAUGAAAUCGAAAAGAUCAAACAUGCCCGCCACGACCCGGGCCGGCGGACAAGGCCAUUCCUACAAAGGUCCCGCAGCGUGUUGCUAUCCGAACAAACGCACCGAAUCGACUCUGUGGCCUCGGCCAGACUGGACCAAGCAGUGCAACGGCGCCGCCAAAGCAAUCCAAGCCAAUUUUUCAACACUGGGGACGGAUUCUAUAGUCCUUGUUCUGAGAGUGACGAACAUAGUGAGGAAUCCUCCCCUCCGACCCGCGUCCCGCUAGAAAGGCAUGUUUCAUGGGAACCGUCAUCAUCCGACGACCCGCCUUCCGAUGAGGCCACCCCUAACGGCAGCGCACAGUCACCACAUCCAUCCUCUCCCAUACAUAUAGGACGGGUGAGUUCACAGCGAGCUCCCGUAUGGCCUCCAGACCUGUCUGCGCACGCGAUGCCAACGACACCUGAGCCAUCGUUGCCACCUUCCCCUCACCACCUCCGGAUGACGCCCAAAGCCUAUGUCUCCAAUCCCACUUCUCGUAACUUCUACAACUGACCAAAUAUAUAUUGCUUGAUCGCUCAUACUCAGUUGUGACGUAUGUGCUGGAACACUGCGAUCAACAGAGAAC